AUGUCGCUGGUGAAGGACGAUUCGGAUAACACUCGCCCAUGCUGUCCCUGCCCUCCAAGCCUUCGUGGGAUGAGGAAGGCGAUCCAGAGGAAAAUUCCCAUCACGCUUCCGCGAUACAACCUACAAUGCCUGUUGUGCGACCUCAUCGCAGGCUUGGCUGUCGGACUCACCAUACUCCCGCAAAGCCUUGCCAACGCUGUUAUCGCCAACCUCCCUGUUCAAUAUGGCCUGUACUCUGUAUUCAUGGGAUGCUUCGCGUACUUUUUGGUGGGGAACGUGAAGGAUCUCACGAUUGGGCCCACAACAGUCAUCAGCGUCGUCCUGAGGCAUUUCGUCAACGCUGAUGAGUUUGGAGACGAAUUCGUGGAGUAUGCCUUCCUCCUCUGUUUUCUCACUGGGGUCGUCGAAGUCGCUCACGGAAUCACCGGAUUCGGUUUUUUGAUGAGUUUCAUCUCGACCCCGGUGUUGUCGGGUUUAACCUCAGCGGCUGCAAUCGCCCUCUCCGAGACUGAGAUCACAGGGCUGUUCGGCCUCUCCUCCGUGAUCCACUCCCACAACCUCCUCAAGGUCCUCCGGGAAGUUGCUUACCACCUGAGCGAAGCCCGCAUGUGGGAUCUUCUCACGGCCUUCGUCUCCAUUGGAUACGAAGACGUGGGAAUUGUCAAAGGUGAUCAGAACCAAGGCAAAAUCCUAUCGUCCGUGAGCAAGACGAUCUGGUUCAUCAGCACGGCGCGGAACGCGAUCGUCACGGUCACGAGCGCGGUCGUAACCUAUUUCGUGAACAGGAACGACUCCAAGACCCCCUUUUCCUAA